AUGACGCGUACGCACGCGUCAAGCCCUGGGGUCCUCAUGAGGCGACUCCAGGCGGCUCUUACUCGUCGCAUUCUGCCUCUCGCGGUCGCACUGACCGUCGCAUACCUGACAUUCUUCGAGCUCGUGCGACCAAGCCUCCUCUCCGCCGAUAUCGCACAGUCGCCCGGCUCGCCGCUUUUCCCGCAAAGCGGCUGCGAGACGGCGAGGAACUGUCGCGGUACACUGCUGGACAGAUAUGUCUAUAGCGCGGAUGCGGAAUUUAGGUGGAAGGACACGGGCAAUCGCAUGCGGGCCAAGGAGUCUGGUGGGUGGUGGACGGGGUAUGUGCUGCUGGUGAACACCCACCGCUGGCUCAACCGAACCGUCACCAACCGCUUCUCCUGUGGCACCACCUCACUCUCAUUACGACAUGCCGAACCCCUGCAGGGGCCUCGUGCUUUUCUUCAUUGUCUCGCGCGUCUCAACACAUGUCCUGUCCUGGUGCUUCUCCAUCCGUCCCUCCUCUCACCCUCCCAGGCGCCAGACAACAUGACCCACGCAAACAAGGGCCUCGUGCUCUUCUUCAUUGGGGCGGGGUGGAGCGACGAUGGCAAGGACGCGCCAGACAACAUGCCCAACGCCAAUAAGGGCCUCGUGCUGUUCUUCAUUGGCGCGGGGUGGAGCGACAACGGCAAGGACGACCGCGGCUACCACGUGCCCAAGGCGGAUGCUGUCUUCAUCCGCGUUGCUGCCCCCCCUACGCUCUCCUUCCCUCCCUCUCCCACUCUCUUCCUCCCUCCACAGCGAGUGGUGGCCUUCAUAUCGUACGGCUACGAUCUCAUCAACUUUCAGCCCAACAUGCAGCACCUGCUGGACUCCCUGGGGGCCCGAGUGGUGGCCUUCAUAUCGUACGGCUACGAUUUAAUCAACUUUGAGCCCAACAUGCAGCACCUGCUUGACUCCCUGGGGGCAGUACCCAUCUUGGGGCGGUUCUAUGCGGACUUCAACCUCACACAGAUGCUGCACUCGCCUCAGAUGCGGCACAUUAUGAGCUACACCGACCCCUACUUCUUCCGGGAGCGCCUCACGAUGCCCAAGCUGCUCAUUGCCGCAUCCAACGACGAGUUCUUCUCCAUGGAUGACUCGCUGCCAGCUGUCGACUGGCCGCGGCUGACGUGGCGGUUUGACUGGCCCACGUUCACCAUUCAUGCCACGUCAGACAGGAAGCCAUUGGCCGUUAGAGCAUGGACAGGGCGCACCAGUCAGGGCAGCAGGCGGCGAGACUUCCGGUUUAUUGUUAAGCAGGGGCUUACCGGGUGCACUGUCCCCUUCACGAGUUUACCAAAGACCUACAUAGCCAAGUUCGGCACAAUCUGUGUGCAACCCAUCCCCUUCUCCCAGUAUGAUGUCUCACCUCCUGUGCUGCAACCUGACGGGUUAUGGCACUUCAGCUCCUCCAUCAAAGACAUUCCCAAGGUGGGCUAUCGAGCAAUGUUUAUCGAGGUUGAGUUCAAGCACGGGCCCUAUCCGAAGCCGCUCGUUCUCACCACUGAAGCCAUGAUAGCACCAAACACGUUCCCCUUUGCCCCAUGCAAUACCACAGCUUGCUUGACUCACUUUGCGUGA